AUGCACAUGAAGAGUACCAUUCAACAACUUCUUCACCCUCAUCACAAUCUCAAGCUCGCACCUUUUCGCAACAUCUUCCAACAAUAUCAACUCCUUCAUCUUCCUCGUGAUUCUGCAACACAUGUUCCUCCCAAAAGGGUGAAGAAAGAGAGGAAAAAGGGUGAGAAUGAAGUUGUGGUUGGUUGGAAGAUUUUGUAUCUGGAGGUUGAUAAUGGAUUCACUUCAUUGUUGGGUCGGAGGAGAUUAAGGCGGCGGUGCACGACCAAUAAUGAAGCAUCGAUAAUGGUGUUGGGAGGUGUAUUGGUGGAGGUUAGAGGCGAAUUGGAAGGGGAAUUUAGAAGUUAUGAACAUGGGAGUAUUGUCAGAUUGAAAAGGAAGAUUGAACGAAAUUCGAAUUUGGCGUGGAGUUGCGAGCUAGGGCUUUGA